AUGGCCGAUCAACAGCCCGAUCAAGAUGUUCGAAAGAUGCUGCUCAAGUGGUCCGUCCACCACUUCAAGCUACCUGAGGUGGACGACCAAGCUUUUGCGAAAUGGUACACAGAAGUCCAGGUUCCUCAAAUGAUGAAGAUCGUUCAAAGGCAUGGUAUCUUGAAGUAUACGCUCUAUAUCACCCCCACUUAUUUGCGUCAAGGGUUCGAGGCAGAAAUCAAGGAGCAGAAGUCGGCGCCUGGUUGGAAGCUGGCUCCCUUUGAUGUAACAUCUACUUAUUGGGUCGACGACCCAGACAAACUCAAGGCCAUGCUCGCAGAUCCCGACUGGGAAAAUAUUGUGAUUGCCUCAGAGAGGCCUUGGAUUGAUACGGAGAGAGCCGAAUGCCAAGUUGGAUUCGAGACUACAUUUCUCGAGGAUGGAGAGAUUGUCAAUGUAAAGCCUUAG